AUGGAUUCUGCAGAGAUAGAAAUCCCUUCGUAUUCCCUGUGCCCGAUAUCGAUGCAGCUCAUGAAAGACCCUGUCACGCUCUGCACGGGAGUCACCUACGACAGGCAGAGCAUUGAGAAGUGGAUGUUCACACUGGGGAACAAGACCUGCCCUAUCACAAGGCAACACAUUCACAACUCCGAGCUCACACCCAACCACACGCUGUGGCGGCUCAUCCAACAGUGGUGCGACCUCAAUUCUUCCAAGGGCGUCCAUCGGAUCUCCACGCCCCCGCCGCCACUUGACACCGAUCAACUUCAUAAGUUGCUCCGUGACAGCGAGUCAUCCCCGGCCUCGGCCUUUCAAGUGAAGGCGUUGAAGAAAUUCAGAUCUGUAGCGGGCGAGAGCGAGAGCAACAGACGGCUUAUGGCUUUUUCCGAUGCACCGGCUGUCUUGGUCUGUCUAAUUGAAAACCCUAGCGCCGAAACUGACGAGGCCGGUUGCUGCUAUGAAGUUACUGCAGCCUGUGAGGACGCGUUGGGGAUCCUUUAUUCUCUUCCCUUGCCUGAAGAGACCUUCGAUUCACUCGCCACCGCCAAUUGCCUGGCCUCCGUGGCAUCCAUUCUUAAGAGAGGCACCUCCAACGCCCGGUUUCAUGCCGCCGUGCUCUUACAGAAGGUGUCAAAAAAAGUCCUCGAGCGGUUUGUUAUGAAUGCCAACGAUGAUCUAAUUGAAGGACUUCUGGAAGUGUUGACGGAGGAGGUGUGCCACAAGGCAACUGUUGCCGCGCUCGAGGUUUUGACUGCAAUGAGCUCGACCAGCAGGCGCAGCAGAAUAAAAGCCAUCCAGGCUGGCGCAGUCUCCGCGUUGAUUGAAUCACUUCCUGAUCAGAGUGUUGAGAAAAAAAAAAUCUGCGAGAGGAUGUUAUGUCUUCUCGACGUGUUGUGUGGAUGUGCAGAAGGGCGGGCCGCCUUGGUCGACCACGCCAUGGGUGUCCCUUCGGUGUCUAAGAAAAUAAUGAGAAUUUCGGCCUUGGCAACAGAAAAGGCCGUUCGGAUCCUGUGGUCUAUUUGUAAAUUUUCUCCGUCUCAGCGAAUAUUGAACGAAAUGGUGCAGAUUGGUGCAGUUGCGAAGUUGUGCAUGCUAGUGCACAGCGAUUGCACGCCCAAGACGAAUAGAAAGGCAUAA